AGUUCUACAAAUGAUUGAAAACUUAAGGAUGUUGUUUAUUUCAUUACUUCUCAUGUCCUGCAUGAGAACAAUCACUUCAAGAGACAGUUUAGAAGUAGGUCAAUCUAUCCAAGAUGGUGAGACUUUGGUUUCUGCUGGUGGAAGCUUUGAGUUGGGUUUCUUUAGUCCUGGCAUUCCAACAAAUAGAUACUUAGGUGUGUGGUACAGAGAUGCAUCAGGGAAUUCAACAAUUGUGUGGGUGGCAAACAGAGAGAUACCAAUUCAAAGUAACUCAUCAGGUGUUUUGAGACUAAGCAAGAAGGGGAUUCUACAGCUUCUGAAUGGCACUAACAGCACCAUUUGGUCUUCCAACACCUCAGGCAACACUUUGGGGAACUCAAUUGCACAACUAUUGGAUUCGGGAAAUCUUGUAGUGAAAAAUGGACAAAGUACAGAGGAGAAAAACUUUUUAUGGCAAAGUUUUGAUUAUCCAUGUGAUACACUGAUGCCAGGAAUGAAGCUUGGAUUGAACUUAGUUACUGGUUUUGACAUAUCUAUGUCAACUUGGAAAAGUGCAGAGGAUCCUGCUGUAGGAGAAUAUUCUAUAAAGUUUGAUCCUAGAGGAUAUCCACAAGUAAUGCAAUGGAAAGGAUCUGUUAAAUAUUUCCGAAUAGGGACAUUUAAUGGCCUUUAUUUCACUGGAUAUCCAACCCAGGAAGAUGAAUAUAGACAGGAUUUUGUAUUGGACAAAACCGAGGUGUAUUAUAAAUUUGAAAUACUUGAUAGAUCAAUUUUCUACCUGUAUAAACUACAACCUUCAGGUACUUCAAUAGGUACUAUUUGGAGAAGUCAAACAAGAACUGAGUUGGAACAUGCCACAAUUAAUGGAUACAACGGGUGUGGAAGUUAUGCCUUUUGCGGUUCAAAUGCUAUAUGCAAGGUUGAUGCUAACCUUGCAUCAUGUGAAUGCCUAAAAGGAUAUAUUCCCAAGUUUCCCCGACAAUGGAAUAUGUCAAAUUGGUCUGAUGGUUGUGUUAGGAAGACUUCACUGGAUUGUAAUGACACUAAUAGCUUCUUAUGGUACACAGACAUAAAAGUGCCAGACACUUCAUCCUCAUGGUAUAACAAGACCAUGGAUCUGAAGGAAUGUGAAAAAAUUUGCCUGAAAAACUGUUCUUGUGUUGCUUACGCAAAUUUGGAUAUCCGUAAUGGAGGAAGUGGUUGUCUACUUUGGUUUGAUAAAUUUCACUUCCUUUUCAAUUCUAAUUAUUGUGGAUUAUGGCACUUUUCUAAGAAGAUAACUAAGAUCCUCCAACUGAAUAGUAAUGAACAUGGAAAUUUGAAGAAAAAGAAGGUAGGAAUAGCAAUUGGUGCGACUAUUUUCGGAUUAAUCACAUCUGUUACCAUAGUGAUAAUGAAAAAAUCAGGAGUUGCAAAAAUGAUCCAAAGAAAUAGGCAAAGACAGAAGGUCACUGAGUUACCAACGUUUGAUUUCUCAGUCUUAGUUAAAGCAACAGAGAACUUUUCAAGUAGUAACAAACUUGGAGAAGGUGGUUUUGGAUCAGUAUACAAGGGAACACUAACAAAUGGCCAAGAGUUAGCUGUGAAAAGGCUUUCAAAAAAGUCUAAACAAGGUUUAGAAGAGUUUAAAAAUGAAGUGGCGUUGAUAGCCAAACUUCAACAUCGUAAUCUUGUAAAGCUUCUUGGCUGUUGCAUUCAAGGAGUAGAAAAAAUAUUGAUUUAUGAAUACAUGCCAAACAAAAGCUUAGACUACUUUGUUUUUGAUGAAAUCAGAAAGAAGAUGCUAAAUUGGCUUAAGCGUUUCAACAUUAUCUGUGGCAUUGCUCGGGGACUUCUUUAUCUUCAUCAGGAUUCUAGACUGAGAAUUAUUCAUAGAGACCUAAAAACUAGCAAUAUUCUGUUAGAUGCAAAUUUGAAUCCUAAAAUAUCAGACUUUGGCCUAGCUCGGACAUUCUUAGGCGAUCAGCUCGAGGCUAACACGAACAGAGUAGCGGGAACAUAUGGUUAUAUGCCUCCCGAAUAUGCAGUACGUGGACAAUAUUCAAUGAAGUCCGAUGUGUUUAGCUAUGGUGUCAUACUACUAGAGUUGAUAAGUGGGAAGAAGAAUAGGGAAUUUUCAGAUCCAGAAAACUACCUUAACCUUCUUGGACAUGCAUGGAGAUUAUGGACUGAUGAAAAGCCAUUGGAACUGCUAGAUGAAGUGUUAAAGGAAGGAUGCACACCACUUGAAGUAAAAAGAUGCAUUCAAGUGGGCCUGUUAUGUGUGCAACAAAGACCAGAAGAUAGGCCAGACAUGUCUUCAGUGGUUCUAAUGUUGAAUGGUGAGAAAUUACUGCCCAAGCCAAAGGUUCCUGGUUUUUAUACUGAAAGAGGUGUUACACCUGAAGCAGAUUCUUUGAUGGAAAAUUACACAUUGUUUUCAGCCAAUGAAAUCUCCAUCACAACAUUAUAUGCAAGAUAG